AUGGGUGUGCUAACGUCGAAGGCUGCCCCGGUCAGCGGCCCCUCAUCGAUUGCUACUCCCUGGACUCCCACUGUGAGUAGCGUGGUUUCCAAAGUAGAGACGGAGCACUGGAAGUCCUUUGACUACAUCAUCGUUGGUGGAGGCCCGGCGGGGUGUGUCCUGGCGUCUCGGUUGUCGGAAGACCGGACCGUUAGUGUCCUCCUUGUCGAGGCCGGGAAGAGUCACGAAGGCAACCUGUUCUCGCGGAUUCCUUUGGCGUGGAACAAGCUACUCAAGAGCGACGCGGAUUGGAACUAUGAUACUGCCCCGCAAGAAACCAUACAUGGCCGUACGGUAUAUUGGCCAAGGGGGAAGAUACUUGGGGGCACAAGCUCGAUCAAUGCCAUGAUAUACCACCAAUGUCCCCCAGACGACUUCGACGCCUGGGAGCGACGAGGUGCUACGGGAUGGGGAUAUGCAAAUCUGAAACACUAUUUCGAGAAAGCACUCCAGGAUGGUCCACGGAAAAGCAAAGUCCCACUGCUCGCUCCUGUGUGCGCCGCCGUUCUGAAGGCGGCAGAAGCGCUGGGCCUGCCAAUCGUCAACGACUUCGAUACCGAAGGUACUCUGGGUGCCGGGCCAUUCGCGGCGGCAGUGCAUCGCGCUGAGCGAAGCUCUGCGGCCGUCGCCUAUUUGAGCAAGGAGGUCCGCAGCAGACCUAACCUAACCGUAGUGGUGUCGACCUUCACCGAGCGAAUCCUGUUCACCGAAGACCUCGAUGGCGUGCCCAGGGCGAUCGGGGUACAGCUCUCUACAGGUCCUCUUGCUCGCAGGUUCGCCGUCCGCGCCAAGCGGGAAGUGAUACUGUGCUCUGGUGUCGUAGGAUCCCCCCAGCUCCUGCAGCUCUCAGGCAUCGGAGACGCGUCUCAGCUCGAGCAGCUGGGCAUCCCUGUUGUCCGCGAUCUGCCGUCCGUCGGACGCGGCUUGCUUGAUCACUUUUCCGCAGGCACUCUGGUACUUCGGGCCAAGCCCGGGUGCACAUGGGACCACCUUACCCAAAAUCCCCUCUACGCGGCCCUUGCGAUGAUGAAGUGGCUCUUCUUCGGCCGCGGUCCUAUGGCGUCCCUCAGCGCCCAGAUCGGCAUCUUCACCAAGCUGCACGACCCGAGCUUACCGUACGGGCCUACGCCCCUCCCUAUCAAGGACCUCACCUCUGGACCCAACGCUCCCGACUUGGAGUUCAUGGUCUUCCCCGUGGCUGUGAUCAAUUAUGGGUUGGGCUUCCCUCGUCUCGGGAACUACGGGAUCUCUGUGGGUGCGGUUCUGCUGAAGCCUGCAAGCACUGGCACCGUCUCCAUACGAUCGUCUAGCGUAUACGAUCACCCGAACAUCGACCCCAGGUACUUCGAAGACGAAAGCGACCUGAAGGCGCUCGUCCGGGGCACGCGCUUCAUCCUCCACCUCGCGCGUACUGCGCCUCUAUCCUCGGCCCUCGACCUACGCAAUCUCUCCACUGCACCGCAAGACCCCGACUUCUACUGGCCCGGGGACGCCGACCCAGACAAGGUAUCGGACGAAGAACUCGAGGCGUGGGUCAAGACGCACGCGACGUCUGCUCUGCAUCCGACAUCGUCCGCGCGGAUGGGCACCGACCUGACGACGAGCGCAGUCGACCUCAGGUUGCGGGUGCACGGCGUGCGCUCCCUUCGCGUCGUCGACGCGUCGGUGUUUCCCGACCAAGUCUCCGGCCACCCCUGCGUGCCUGUCAUCGCGAUCGCCGAGCGCGCUGCAGACUUGGUCAAGUCGGACUUUCUUGCCAGCCAGCUUGCGCGGUCUUGA